GGGCGUGUCCGUCGUCACCCCGAAGAUUGCCGCUACGUUAUGUAGCUAUGCGUGAAAUACCAUUACUGUGGUUGGGCAUCGCUAUCAGCGUUGUCUUCAUAGUAACAGCUGAAGCUCAAGUGUCAGCAGUUGCUAGUUUCAACGACUCGAGAUGUGCUGGGCAGAUGGUGUGUCCAAAUGACCCUCUUCUCUUCACUUGUACUGUCACUGAUAGUCCUUCGCUGUUGCUCAAGUAACACUACCCUCUGGAGUGGGAGUGCAAGUCACUAGUGCCAACAUGACUGAACUAGUUGGAGCUACUUCUCUACCAGAUGGAGUGACUGUACAGUCUCACAAUGCAAUAGUGGAUGGAGGACUAGUAAACUACACACUAACACUGGCUAUCGAGAGAGCCUCACUGUUGGGUGGCAAUCCCAUCAUAUGUGAUGCUAGAACUGUGUCACCGUUGACAGAUGAGGCAUCAUGUCCAAUAGCCACAGACCCAGGUCAACCAGAGAGUCUGAGUCAAAAUAUAUCAGCCAACACUGAGACAUCAGCAGUGGUGCAGUGGGGGUCUCCAGCCAUGACUGGAGGCAAUGGAGUGACCAUCAGUGAAUAUAGAGUGACUGUUGAUGGUGGGGAUGACCCAGACUGUCAGCCAUGAUGAUAGUGGAGAUGUCUUCACUGCCACCAUUACUGUACCAGAAUACAACACCAGCUACAGUGUGUCAGUGACUGCCAUCAACUCUUGUGGUCUCUCCAGUCAGCCUGCCACCACCACUGUCUUCAUAGAGGCGAGAGCACCACCUCAGCGUGAAUUGUCCGUCUCAAUGAGCUGUGAUACUCUUCUUACCGACGGUAGACCUAUUUCGAUCAAUUGGACGACAUGCAUACCCAGGGUGGUGAUAGAGAGGUAAGGGUUGUAUAUCCUGGAGAAGAAUCGGUGCUGGUUGAAUUAACUUCCCUCAGAGGGACCGUGAAGCAAGUGUGCAGUGAUAUGAAUGGAUGUGAUUUUACCAUCUCUGUAAGCGGCGACUACACAGUUUCACUGACUAUCACCAAUGAUGUUGGAUCAUUCAUGGCUGUGACAAGCUUUAGUUCUGAAAUUCUGUUUUCUGACGAAACCCUAAACUCUUUACCCUCAAGUGUGAACAUAACUGUGAAUCGUUUCUGUGCCACUGAUGGCAAACUGUUUCAAUCACAGUUAGAUUUGGAGUAACAAGUGAUACUGGGGGUAGCUGUACAUAUAAUGGUGACAGUCAAACUGCAAAUUCGUCACCUAAUGGAAAUAUAUUUUCCCCUGAUUUUACCCCGGCAACUGGAGAGAGUUUCUGCUACGUGGCUAUCCUUACCAUUGAUGGGAAUAAAUGUUGCCAGUCUCAAUGGCUCUGGUGACAUAACUCCUACUAAACCACCUACACCUAGAGAAGAGAAAGAGAGUAUAUCGACUGGAGUUGCUGUGGGUAUAAGUACAAUCAUCACUCUAUUGGUAUCCUUACCAGUGGGUGUGGUCAUUGGUUCCUGUGGUACAUUGUUCGCAAUUCGUAGAGGAGGCGGAAGAGGAGAGAGGAAGAGGAAGAAGAAGAAAGAAGAGUUUGGAGGAGCUAUCUAUGAGGAGCCAGUUCAUUCAGUGGAGACUGCCAUUCCUCUCUCUGAGAACCAGGCAUAUGGCCAGGUCUCAUCUCAGAGGUAGUAGAGGAAGGUGGUGAACUGCGUAUUACAACAUUACAGUAUUAUAGUUAUGUAGUUUCAUUCAGUGUACAUUGUACAGUAA